GGGUGAAGAGCUGUUUGAUAAGCUGGAUUCUGGGCUCCAAGUCCCAGAGGCUGAAUCCCAAUUAAUGGACAACGUAGACUCAAAGGGAAGUGAGACAUUGACAUUACUUAAAAAACCCAUUGAAAUGGAAUUCAGCAGGUCCUGGAAGCGGAGCACCACGUUAUUGAAGACCUGGAUAUCCCCGCGAUACCUGGAUUCCCUUGAGAACAGGAAGCUGAAGAGGGAACUGCCCCUUUCAUUCCGAUCAAUCCAGAAUAUGAAAGAAGACCUGUAUCUGGUGACAGAAACUCUGGAGACGACAAAGGAGGAAACCGCGGAAAGUGGAAAGCGAUGUAUUUUGAAGAUCCUGAUGGAUUUUUUGAAUCUCCAAUAUGAAUACAAGCACCAAAUGGCAGUGACCAUUCCCCCUAAGAAGGUCCUGGGCUAUCGAAUAAAGCAGCUGGUCUUCCCCAACACGGAGACGAUGAGUAUUUGUUUUUCGGGUGAAACAAAAUCCUUUCCAGAAGCAAAAGUUGGUGGUUCACCUUGGUUAGGGAAGUCCUUGAGUUUGGAGGAUUUCAGAAACAUGGAGGAGAAGGUGCAGGACAUGAUGAGAGCCCUCCAGGGUCUGACUGAGGACGAGCGAAAAGAGGUGCUAAGCUGCCUCACUGAGUGCCUCAGCAGGGAUGAACAGCUGCAGGAUCUACAGCAAAGAGUGUCUGAUGUCCUGAGGUCCGGUGAGCUACAGAUAGAGGGCCCAGCAUUUCUUUUCAUAAGCAGCCUUUUUAAUGCUGCUGGGAUCUUCGUAGAAGUGCGCGCAGAAGCCAUCUGGGAUGUCCUAGAUGCCAUGACAGAGCUGUCUGAGGAGCGGCAGCUUGUGGCUGAGGUCCUAGAGAAGGGGACCCUGCCCCUGUUGAAGAACAAGGUGGAGUCUAUCCUGAAGCAGGACUGGAGGGAGCAGCCCCAGGAUGUGGGCUGUGACCCCCAGGCACGAACUCUCUACGCCCUUUACGUUGUUGUCUCCACCCUGCUGCAGCUGGGUGAGAAGCCUGACACUGGGUGUUCCUAACUCUAUGUUAGCUCUUCAACAAUUCAACCAAGUCUCUGGGUGCUCCCUUCCCCAGUCUAUCCUCACCAUCCCCAUUCCCAGGACCCUGGGCAUGCUAAGCGUGUGCUCUACCACUUGAGCUAUAUCCUCCCCCGCCCAGAACAAUGUCUUUAAAACAAGCCACUGGCUAUUUUUGAUACAUCCUAUUCACUGGGAUACUGUCCAAAAAUCAGCCUGGAUUGUAUGCAUGUAUUUCUGAUUAA